CGGAUCUCCGGAGGAGGCCGCCAGAUUGGGGCGGGCGGCGAGCAGCGAACGGGAGGCCGGGGCGGGACGUCCGGGCCGUGGGGUCGGCGGGGCCGACGACUGGGCGGCGGAGCAGGAGGUGCUCAUGGCGUCAGAGCGGCGCAAGGUCAAGUACCACUGGAGCAGCACUUCGGAAGGGUGUUCCCGCAAGCGUAGCUGCCUCCGGGAGACCAGUGAUGUGGCCCCCUCCAGACGGCCAGCUCGAAGCACUGCGUCGCGUUCUGGAGGGGCCAGCAGCCCCAAGCGCCUGAAAGCUCAGAAGGAGGACGAUGUGGCCUGCACACCGAGGUUGUCCUGGGACUCAUCCCGCCGCAGAAAUUCCUCCUCCUCUUCCUCCUCCCAUUCCUCUGGCCCAGGUGUGGACGGGGCUGCCUCCAAAAGCUGCCUGAUUCGGAGCACACGGGGUUUCCUUUCGUCAGGCGGAUCUCCUCUGUGCCCUGCCAACUCCUCUCUAGAAGACAUGGCUUCUCUAGAAGAGGAAACCUGCAGCCUUAAGGUUAAUUCCAAAGAUAGUUCUCAUAGUUCCAUGAACUCUGAGUUUGCAGCUGAAGCUGAGGGGCAAAAUGAUACAACCGAGGACCCAAGCAAGGUUCAGAAAAGAAAGAAGGAUAGACUUCGAGACCAAGGCUCUACAAUGAUCUACCUGAAGGCUAUCCAGGGUAUCCUGGGAAAGUCGAUGCCAAAAAGGAAGGGAGAAACUGUCAGUAGGACAAAAUCAAACACAGGAGAGCAUCCCAGCCGUGGAGAAGGACCAGCCAGGAGUGUCACUGUGUCUGCUCCUCAGAAAGAGAAAGAGUCAGCCCCAGAGGCCAGAGUGAAAGAGGAGAAAAAAGCUGUGCCAGAGAGGAGCAGCAUCUGUGACAGGAGAGUGGUGGUAGACCCUCAGGAGAAACCCAGGGAGGAGCCACUUGGUGACCGAAGGACAGUUAUUGACAAGUGCUCUCCACCCCUAGAAUUUUUGGAUGACUCGGACUCUCAUUUAGAAUGCCAAAAGCCUAAAGAAAGGGAGGUGGUGAUAGAGCACGCCUCUUCAGGAAGUGACUGGUCCGACGUGGACGAGGUCUCCACAGUCAGAUUCUCUCAGGAGGAGCCUAUCUCGAUGAAACUCUCAGCAGUUUCAGAACCUUCUGCCUUCCCCACUGACUAUGUCAUGUAUCCAGCUCAUUUGUACAGUAGUCCUUGGUGUGACUAUGCCAGCUAUUGGACCAGCAGCACCAAGCCUUCCAGCUACCCCUCCAUAGGCAGCAGCAGCAGUAGUGACACAUUGCAGGCUGGGAGGAGCAGCCGGGGCCUCCUGAGUGAUUAUUCCUCCAACUCAACAGUGAGCUCCCAAAAUACCUCCAGAGAUCUGGAGGCAACAGAGGAAGGCAGAUCCCAGAAUUCUCGUUCAUUUCAUUUCUCCAGAAGCUUAGAAGAGCAGGUGAAGGAGAAAAGAACAUUCCAGGAGGAGAUGCCACCCCGUUCUUGUGAAAGACAUGCAUCUAGCCCUCUGCCAAGGAGCCAUCGGGAGCCAAACCUAGAGGAGGGCUUCAUUGAUACUCACUGUCACUUGGACAUGCUCUAUUCCAAGUUGUCUUUCAAAGGGACCUUUAGCAAGUUCAGGAAAAUUUAUAGCAGCUCCUUCCCUAAGGAAUUUCAGGGCUGUAUCUCUGACUUCUGUGAUCCCAGGACGCUGACAGAUUGCCUAUGGGAGGAGCUGUUGAAAGAGGAUCUGGUUUGGGGGGCCUUUGGCUGUCACCCUCAUUUUGCACGUUACUACAGUGAGAGUCAAGAAAGAAAUCUUUUACAAGCCUUACGGCAUCCCAAGGCUGUGGCAUUUGGAGAAAUGGGCUUGGAUUACUCUUACAAAUGCACCACGCCUGUCCCAGAACAGCACAAGGUGUUUGAGAGACAGCUGCAGCUGGCCGUGUCUCUAAAGAAGCCCUUGGUGAUUCACUGCCGAGAAGCUGACGAAGAUCUGCUGAGCAUCAUGAAAAAAUUUGUGCCCUCAGACUACAAGAUCCAUAGGCAUUGCUUCACUGGCAGCUACCCGGUCAUCGAGCCCCUGUUGAAGCACUUUCCCAACAUGUCUGUGGGCUUCACCGCUGUCCUGACUUACUCCUCUGCCUGGGAGGCCCGGGAAGCUCUGAAACAGAUCCCGCUGGAGAGAAUCAUCGUGGAAACUGAUGCCCCCUACUUUUUGCCUCGACAGGUUCCCAAAAGCCUUUGUCAGUAUGCCCACCCAGGCCUGGCCUUGCAUACAGUUCGAGAGAUUGCCAGGGUCAAAGAUCAGCCUCUCUCCCACACCUUGGCUACCUUGCGUGAGAACACCAGUCGCCUCUACAAUCUUUAAGCAGAGGGUGCAGGAGUCUCCUAUAAAAGGAUGACCAGUGACCUAACAGGACAUAGGCUGGGUCUCACCUCUGCCUGGGUCCCAGGACAAGGGAGUGUUUAGAGAGCACA